AGCGGUAUUGAUGUCAUGAUGUGUGUUUAUUUCUUCUCAAUCUAAUUCGUUGAAAAUUAAUCAAAAUAAGCGACAGCUAAUUAUAAAUAUCUGUUAAAAUCAUAUUUUUUUCGUGAAUGAUAUAAUAACUUUUGGCCACCAUGAGACUCGUGCUUACAAAAUUAUUGCAAUGUUUUAUACUGUUAUUCUUGCUUAGUAUUGUUUUAUGUGAAAACAAAUACUCUAAAAAUGCAAAUGAUAAGCAGAAGAACAAAAAGGUUGAUUUUAGAACUUUAGAGAAACCGUUCAGAAUGAACAAGCUUAAUAUUUUGUGGACUAAAGCCAAGCAGCGCUUAAGCGAGCCGAAACUGCAAUCACUGUAUAGUGAUUUGAUGAUACACGACAAAGAAGAAGUGACCUAUAAACGCGUGAAGAGUGAAGGGAGUGACAAGGAGGGGUUUAAGGAGGCGGAGCUGCGGCGGAAGCUCACCAACAUCAUGACCGUUUAUGGGCUUCGGGAACACUUUGACGACCACUCAGGAGGCAUGGUCAAGGACCACCCAGCUCACAACUCUGCAUUAGAUGACCAUAUCAACAGGAGCAUUUUUAAAGACAAGAAGUUGAACAUGCUCUGGUCAAAGGCAGAGGCCUCAGGCUUCACCAGUGAAGAGCUUGCCGCUCUGAAAGAGGAGUUCAGCCACCACCAGGAGAAGAUAGACCAAUAUUAUGAGCUGCUCAGUAAUGUUGAUAAUAUUAAGAGUGAUGGUUUUAAAAAUGCUGUCAAUCAGGAAGAAUUGGAUAAAUUCAAUGAAAUUAAUUACCGGACAAAAAACAAUGAAAUUGGCCAGAAGGAUUAUCUUGAUGCAGCUAAUUUAGUAAGAGAUAAACACAGAGGUUUGAGGGACGGAUAUGACAGACUUCAUAGGAUGACAGCCAGAGGUCCUAAUAACAAAGAAUUCAUUGAGCCUAAAGUACAAGGACUAUGGAAAAUUGCCACAGCUGCCAACUUUACUGUAGAUGAACUUGAAUCUUUGAAGGUCGAGCUGCAGCACUACGAGUCCAGGCUGCUGAAACUGCGCCACAUCCAAGCAGACCACGUAAACAACUUCGAUAAGCAUCACAGCAAGAUAGCGGCGGCUGGCGAUAAGUUGGACCACUUCGACGAGCAGCAGCAGAUGAUCAAGAAGCACUCUCGUAAGGUGGAGAAACUGCACCAAGACCUCGAGAGCAGGAUCCUCGCGAGGCACUCAGAGUUAUAAGUUAUGUCUGGUACCUACACAAGUAUUGUCUGUCUACAGCUGAUUAAUCAUUGAAUUGCAAAUAAUGUAUGUCUACUUUGAGGCUCGAAAUUCGCCUUCAGCCUGGAUUAAUGCAUGUUGUAAAAACGGCAACAAACUUUUCCGGCCCUGUGUUAAAUACCAUAGCUAUACGCCACUUCAGCACAAUGUCUUCAAAAAUAUGUAGUCUGUGCGGAAAGAGAAGAGUCGUGGAAUGUAUUGGUUCCCAUAUAUUCCACGACUUCUCUUUCCGCACAGACUAUGAAGGCAGACGCCAUGAUUGUUGACGUUUGUACAUGUUUGGCUAUUGUCAAGCUUGCACACGGCGCAUAAAUGAGGAGUGUCUUCUCAAAAGGGCUUAUUUUUGUAUGGUGUUAAUAGAGAAAUAAGCCCUUUUGAAAAGACUUUAAAUGUUCCUCAUUUUCAGCAACAUUUCAUUCACACGCGCUAACAUUUUCAAGCUACAUCCACCAGCUAUAAGUGCUUGCGGUAAUAGGGGAUAUUACUGCAAUGUUCUGCCACCAGAGCGCAGCACUAGCCUUUUUAGUAAACCAUGGAGUAACUUCUCUCUGUUCUUAUUUGCUGUACAAGUAUCCCAAAACCAAUAUGCGCCGUAUGAAGGAGCAAAAUGUAAUGUGCACUAUUCAGUAAAUUAAAGACCGGUCGCAAUUCUCAACCGAAUCGAAGUUAUGCUCGCGAGGUCUGCAGCUCACAGAGCCACUAGUAUAAGUAGAUUUUAGUAUUUUUUUAAAUAUGUUGUAGUUAUAUUGUAUUUAAUCAUUGUUUUCAAUAUGAAUGGACACCCGUGUCACGGUUUUCCUACUUAAAAAAUAUUAUUUACCAACACAAUUUUACAGGCCGAAAUUGUUGUGCCAAAAAUUGUGUAUAUUUAUUAUUUUGAUGUAUGGUAGCAUAGUCAUUUGUUACAAGUGCAAGGCAGCUUUUGCCAAAUGUUAACAAAUAAAUGUACGUAAAUAAGAAUCUCUCUGUAUAGAAAUUAUCUAAUAAAUUGUAUAUUUCAUUUAUAGAUCGACUUUUAUGAUUGUAGCCUGUUACUCUUUGUCGCAGUCGAGUUGGGGCAGCGCGGGCAAGAACACACGCAUUAAAUUUGACAACGGUUUAUUUGCUUAGAACUUACCGCAGAUCCUGCGUCAUUAUUCGAGACAAGUCUUCAGUAAUAAUUUACUUACAAUUAUAAAUAUACAUGUUACCCAAAUGAACCUAUAAAAAAGAAUUAUCUGAAAA